AUGACCAUCCAAGCUUGCGCCUUGCCGCGCUGUACCAAACCCGGACUCUGGGCCUGCUCAGCAUGUGAACCCCCCAAGGCUUGGUACUGCAGCAGGGAGUGCCAAAAGGCUGACUUCAAAGUCCACAAACGCACCUGUGCCCCCACAACCCCCUACAACUGUUUCAUCAUCCGGGCCUCGCCCGCUACCGGCGCUGAUCAGUCCAUCAUGGCUCGCAUCGAGCCAUUCCCUCUCCAGUCCUAUGGAGACUGGGUCCUCGAAAUGAAGGAAAUCCAGGAGAAGCUCGGCUGGCCAGAAGCUAUCGAGGCCGGCAAGUUCUAUCCCCCGAACGAGGAUAUUGAUACAUGGUACUACUAUGCGUACAAAGCAUUAGACUUUCCACAGCGCCCCGAGAACGAGCUGGCCACUCGUUGCUUGGGACCAUUCGCCAGGGGUGAUGUGGUUGUGGUCAGAUCGUCGCCCGUGGGUAUUGAGGAUUACGAUGAAUUAUUCACAAAGAUGGACGUGAAGAAGGCCAUCGAGUACUGCAAGACUGCCAGUUCAGAGAAGGUGUUCCAGGACCGAGAACGAUCGCGCCUCACGAAGAACUUGCGGAUGCCGCCGGAUUUUUUGAAGGGCGUUCCCACCGUCAACAUCAACCUUUGA